AUGAGCGUGGACUUGGAGCACCCAGCUCCGAAAUUUGCUGAUUUGCCACUAGUCGACAUAUAUAAGUGGCUCUGCGAGGGAACAGCGCUGGUUGAAAACAAGAGCACUCAGGUGGUGCCAUUGGCACCAAUCAACUUCCUUCAAGAGCUCGAUCGUGUUACACAAGAAGUUGUAUCUGCAGUUAUAGAAGGACAGCGGAGUACACCUGUUGGACAUUUCAUUGUUAUCACAUGCCAUCAGCCAAGCGAAAAUAAAGUGGUGGUCAAAAAAUAUCGAACUCUGGCUGAAUUAACUCGUGUAAGACGGCAAUUCAUCAAUAUGUCCAAGUCAAAUCCUAUUGAUAGCAAGUCAAAAAUAGCCUCGUUAUUCAUAAAUUAUCUCAACAGCAAUGCUUGA